ACCUUCGACGCGGCACCCUUCUCCGCCGCGGUCAAGGCGCUUCUCACCGCCAAGGGCUUCACCGCGCCCUCGAAGAUCCAGCAGCACGCGUGGCCGGUGGCGUGCGCGGGCAGAGACGCCAUCGCCGUCGCCAAGACGGGCAGCGGGAAAACGCUCGCGUUUCUCCUCCCCAUCCUCCACCGGAUGGAGGCCCGCGCGGCGACGCCCGCCGACGAAUCGUCCGCCCCAGCGUCGUCCGUCCCCGAGCCCGACGCGAUGGUGCUCGCGCCCACGCGCGAGCUUGCGCUGCAGAUCCACGCCGAAGCGGACAAGUUCGGCGCGGCGACGCGCGCGGGCGCGGUGGCCGUCUACGGCGGCGCCCCGCUGCACAAGCAGAAGGAGGAACUCGUCGCCGCGCACGGCCGGAGGAAGCGGGGCGCCGCGACCGGCACCGUCGUGGUCGCCACGCCGGGCAGGCUGUGCGACCUCAUGAAGCAGGGAUCCCUGAGCCUUCGGCGAUGCGACUUCAUCGUGCUCGACGAGGCGGAUCGCAUGCUGGAGAUGGGCUUCGAGCCGCAGCUGAAGGAGAUCUUCGGCGAACUGCCCUCCUCCGAGAGCGGCCGCCAGACGCUGCUGUUCACGGCGACGUGGCCCAAGGCUGUUCGCAAGAUGGCCGCGUCCUACCUCGCCAAGGACACCGAGUCCAGCGAGGGGAACGGCGACGGCGGAGACGGCGCGGAGCUCGCCGCGAACAAGGCGGUGUCGCAGCGGUUCGUGCACGCCACCGACGACGAGAAGGAUAAGAAGAUGUACGACGUACUGUGCGAACUGCCGGAAGGGUCUCGGGUCGUCGCGUUCGCCAACACCAAGCGGAGGGUGGAGAACCUGGCCAAGACGUUUUGGGAUUUUGGCUUUGGAACGGUGUCGGUGCACGGCGACAAGAAGCAGAACGAGCGCGAGGCGGCGCUCAAGAAGUUCGUGGAUAACCAGUGCCCCCUGAUGUUCGCCACCGACGUCGCGGCGCGCGGGCUGGACAUCAAAGGGGUGACGCACGUGGUCAACUUUGACAUGGCGAGAGACGUGGAGUCCUACGUGCACCGCAUCGGGCGAACGGGUAGGGCGGGCGAGCUGGGCGAGAGCGUGACGUUCUGGAACCCGGACUACGACAAGGAGUGCGCGCCGGCGCUAUGUAAGAUUGCGCGAGACGCCGGGCAGGAGGUGCCG